AUGUCCAUCAUCCUAGAACAUUCAAUCUCCAAGUCUACCAUUUGUCGAACUUCUUAUAAAGAUGAAAUGUCUUCUUGCAGAGUUGUGCCCAAGCCACUGCUACCAAAAGCGCACAAGAAGAAGCGAUUGGCCUUUGUGAGAACUGCUACGGAGUUUAUAUACCAGGAAGACAAUGCUCCCUCCCAUAGGUCUAAUCUUGAAGAAGAGUGGAAAAGACGCCAGAACUUGGCAAUGAUAGUAUGCCCACCCAACAGCCCAGUUAUCAGCCCCUUAGAAAAUUUAUGGACACAUCUUGCCAGAAAAGAUAAUAUCCAAGUUUAA